GAUUAUUCCGUUGAUUCAUUGGAUUCAAAUGUGUAAAAAAAAAAAAAAAAAAAAAAGUGUAAUUGCCAUUUUUUUCAGAUAAAUUGAUAAUCAAUAAGUUGUGGAUUAAUUGUUGCACCUCUAAUGUAGACAUCCAGUCACACUCACAUCCACAAAUAUGUACAACUUCGCGUCUUCAGGUCAUCAUCAAAGAGACAUGUUUUUGGAAUGUGGGACGUUUUCAAUGAACCUCAGGGCGCCAUUCAGUCGCCCACCGACAGAAUGGACAAUUUAGUCGUCAAUGUUUUGGGGAAUAUCAGAGAAAAAUCACGCAAGCGCGACUACGACAUGCAAACGACGCACAGCAGAUUCGAACCUCAACAACCUCUCGGCGGUGAGGCAGACGUGCGAACCACUGCCGCACCAAACCAUUUGAAAAGCCGCAAACAUGGUGUGCUUUCAAUGUACUCCGAUACGAAACAACGUAUGAAACAACACGCGCGCGAAUAUGACUUCAUGCCGUUCCUUCAAGCCGCUCGACGGAAUCCGUCGCGUUCGGCCCUGCCGGACGACAAAGCAAAGAAGCGCGGAAGACGGGCUACGGUGUUCUCCGUCACCGGAGACGAAUACACCGGGGAGUGGCUCGACAACAAGAAGCACGGGAGGGGAACUCAGGUGUGGAAGAAGUCCGGGAGCAUUUACAACGGCGAGUGGAAGAUGGGAAAACGCGACGGAUUCGGCACCUACAGUGUGCUCGUUCCCGACACAAAGACGUAUGCUAAGAAGUACUGCGGCGAAUGGAAAAACGGGAUGAAGCACGGUCACGGGACCUUCUUGUACCACCGUUGUUCGGUGUAUGAGGGCCAAUGGAGCGAGGACCAGCGUAGCGGGUGGGGAAGAAUGCUCUUUAAUGGCGGCGACACCUACGAGGGAGAUUGGACGAAGGAUAAGGAGCAUGGGCUUGGUAUCCGUCGCUAUGCAAACGGGAACUGGUACGAAGGCUCCUGGAGGGACGGCAAGAAAAACGGAAAGGGAAAGUUGUACUACUGCGACCGAGGGCACCUGUACGAGGGUCUGUGGGUGCGAGGGGAACCCAAAUGCGGUACCCUGGAGGACUUUGGCGGAGACCACGCGGCGCAACCCGCAAAGUGUCCAAUUCCACAGGUGAAACUAGCGGAUAUGGAGAUGGUCCUGCAAGAAGCCCACUUGGCCCACCUUAAUUGUUGACGGCUGAAGCAAAUUUUACCACGCAAAACAACAACAACAACAACAACUAACAACUCCUUUGUAUGGCCUUUCAUAUAUUGCGGACUAUAAAAGGCACAGAAGCCAACAGGACUGGACUGGACCACAAGUGCUUUAUUUUUCCUGGUGCUCAAAAUCAGCUUGAAGACAUGGACAGUACAUUAGUCACACUAACAGUGUAUAUCUGUAUAUAUAUAUAUACACACACACACCGUUACACAAUGAAGAUCCACACUACUUUUUUUCAGCUUGCAAAUAAAAACAUUUCAAAAAAUCCCACUGCAUGCAGGAAUCCAGUGCACAAAGUGGGGCUCAGCCCCAAGUGGUUAAGGUACCGGUACUUUCUUUUGGGGGGGGGGGCUCAUCUAGCCAAGCCAGAUGUACAACUAAAACCCAUUACAGUCUGUAAAGUGAAUGCGCAAAAUCCCCCAUUCAUGUUCUGGAAACAUGUCAAAGAAGCAAAAACAUGAAUGAAUUCUUCAAUCUCGACAAAGAAAACAGACAGUACAGCAUAAAUAAAAGACAAAGAAUUACUACGAAUGAUCAUCGAUAAACAGCAGGCAAGACG